AUGUCACAGGGAGACACAAUACCUAUAAACUCAACCUCUCAAUCAGACAUUGAUGAAAUCAAAAACCUCAUUUAUUCCUCCCACCCUUCUUCUACUGUCCUUCCAGCAUGCCCUCCUUCUCCUCCUCGUAUCCAUGUUUCCUCAUCUCCUUUCAUGCCCUCCAAUCUCCGCCCACCACCUCCCCCCUACCCCACUAAUCACAAACUGAUACCUGUCGCCCCUUCCGUUCCAGCACCCUCACUGUUACCGUCAUCAGGGGGACAACCUAAUACAGCUGCUACUGGGUUCAGAUCUCCACCGAAUACACUUACAGAACCUGUUUGGGAUACGGUGAAAAGAGAUCUGUCAAGAAUUGUGAGUAAUUUGAAGCUGGUGGUGUUUCCUAACCCUUAUAUAGAUCCUGGCAAAGCGCUUAGGGAUUGAGAUCUUUGGGGUCCUUUAUUCUUCAUUGUUUUCCUUGGUCUCACUUUGUCAUGGUCUGCCUCUGUUAAGAAGGUACAUUCUCAAUUUUAUGAGCUAUCAUUUCGUAAUUUUCCAUUUAGUGUUUUUUUAAAAAUAAUUUUAUUAAAAGGGGUAGGGGAACGGGAAGCGGGAAAAGGGAUUACAACUUGGGGCAUCAACCCUCACCAACAAGUUAACAGUUCACGUAGCCAACCAACUGAGCUACUAACAUCCCCAUUUUAG